AUGUAUGAUGAAGAGUGUGAUUAUCUGUUCAAAGCAGUACUAACCGGUGAUUCUGGAGUGGGAAAAUCAAAUCUGUUAUCAAGAUUUGCAAAAGAUGAAUUCAGGUUGGAUUCAAAACCAACUAUAGGAGUUGAAUUUGCUUACAGAAACAUCAGAGUUAGAGAUAAGUUCAUCAAAGCUCAAAUAUGGGACACUGCAGGCCAAGAAAGGUUUAAAGCUAUCACAAGUUCAUAUUAUAGAGGAGCCUUGGGAGCAUUGUUAGUGUAUGACAUAACGAGGCGAAAGAGUUUUGAGAAUGUAAGAAACUGGUUAGUGGAGCUAAGAGAAUUUGGUGGCGAAGACAUGGUGGUUAUUCUGGUUGGAAACAAAAGUGAUCUAGUUGAAUCAAGACACGUUGAGGAAAAAGAAGGUAAAGAGUUUGCAGAGAAGGAAGGUUUGUGUUUUAUGGAAACUUCUGCUUUGAAGAAUCUCAAUGUUGAGCAAGUGUUCUUGCAAAUGAUCACAAAGAUAUUUGAAAUCACAAGCCAGAAAAGUUUGGAAGUCAAAAGGAAUGAAAGACCACUUAGGCUUUUGAAUGGGAGAGAGAUUUAUUUAGCUGAUGAAGUCACUGCAACUAAACAGCCUCCUUGUUGUUCAUGA